CAGCCCGGCGGCUCUGGCAGCAGGAUGUCGAUGGCUCGCGUGGCGCGCCCUUCGGGGGGUGCCGGAGAGUGUCCUCUCGCGCCGCGAUUGAUCGUAGUACGUCGUCCCUGAACCCGCGAACCCUUCGAACACGCUCGCGAUCGCGAGCGUAACAAGGUCGCAUCAACAAGUUCCGGUCAGCCGAGGCACGAUUUCGUUACCCGGAAGGCUACGAGAUUCUAUGCUCGCACGACUGUUAUCGCGAGAGGACGUGCGAUGAAGCGCGCGUAAUCAGUGGCGGUGGUGGUCCCUCGAUACUGAUCGGUACUCGGAUGCAAACCUGAUUCAACGGCGAGAAUCCUUUUUCGGUAGGAUCAGUGGCUCGGUGUUCCGCGUGUGCCGGUGGUGUAUGGGGUGGUAGUUUUGUGGUGGUUCGACACCGUCUCGCGGCCUGCCAUGGAACCGCGAAGGUUCCGAAUACCGGUGGCUAGCUGACGGGGUCCACCGGCGCGAUCGGAUGUCCGCGUGGGAGAGCAGGAGGGUGUACGAGCCGCUGGAUGAAAGUGAAAACGAUUCGACACAAGGGGGAUGAGGAUACGCUGCGUGGCGAACAUCCGAUCGUGUGAGACAUAAGCACCUAAUGCCGUAACGUGCACGGGGAGCCGUUUAAUGGAGAAAUAUUCGACGGGGCGCUCGCUGGUCAUAAAAACGUUCCGCCAAGGGUCCACACACAGGCAUGGCGUUCGGUGGCUGACUCCGAACAGAAAGAAUGUUCAUUGAUGCACAGACUGACGAGGUCCCGGCCAAGAGGCGUCUCAUUGGACCGCGAAUAGCGCGCAAGGAAGACAAAUGUUCUCCGAAGGCUGCAAACUCACUGGAUUGUGUGUGCAGGGCCACCCUCUUUAGAAUUCCCCGUCCGUGGAGCAAGAAGCUCGUAAAAGACAAAGGGGGUUGGUGGCAGUAGGGGUGGCGGAGAAGAAGCGUAGAAGGGAGAGGCACACAAGGGAAGAAGGGUAGGAGACAGGAAGGAAGAGGAGGCAGAGGAGAGAGAGAGAGCUGAUAAGAAAGAUGGGAGAGAGCUCGCCGGAUCUCAGCCUCCGGCUUCGCCGAGGCAGCUCCGACUCGAGGGAUUCCUUUUACAUGGACUUUGCUCAGGGUAUCGACUCGGACAUAGAGGAGGUGACGCGCCCGGGGGACAACAACUCGGAUCCGAUGAUGGAGAACCACCUGGAGGAGAACGGGAACGAUCUGCCACCGCUCGAGGACAUCACCACAAUUCCGGAGGAGGCCUCAGAAGAGCUACGCGAGGAGGAAGAGGCUGCGGCGAUGGAGAUCGCGCUGCGAACACCCGAGGGCCCCAUACUUACCACGGAAUCGGAGAAACCGCCGCAGCACUCCGCCCUCGCCCCCUCGCAAGACUGGCCAGGAUUGCCGGCUGGGCUCCCGUCACCGGCUUCACCGUCCGCGGUAAUCGUUUCACCGGAAACGCUGUCUAGACACAGCAGUAGCUCACCCUCCCGUGCCCAUCGGCCACCCCAGUUCGCCCUGGCUCUGCCAUGCUCCUCGCAACCGAUCGCCGCGGUCUGCUAUCCGGCACCUACCUUCUUGGACGUCGUCGAGGAUCGGAAGUGGAAGAAGCUCGGAUGCGACGCCCUGGCGACGACAUUCAGCGCGUUGUAUGGAAAGCUGCUGGUCGUGAUGGGAAUCGCGUUUCCCAUGGCGGAAGUUAUAUCAACCUACAUACCGCCUUCGUUCUACGAAGGAUUCUACCUUUACCUGUACUUCGGCAGCAUGAUCUUCCUCGUGUACACGUACGCGACGUUACUACGCGAAACCAAGCCGAAAUCAAAAGAGAAACGGAAGGAAGUUAGCGACCUGGACUCGUCGCGGUCGUCGAGCGGCGCCGGGGGCGACAGCGAUACGGCAGACACUACCUGUCCGCAUUUGUCCACCAUCAGACCGUCCCAGCACUACGGUAGCUUCUAUCUUCGGAUGGGCGCCGUAGCCUUCGGGAUUGGCUCUAUGAUUUAUUCGGGCCUUGAGUUCGGACAGUAUUUCGAGCUGGAAAGGAAUACCAAGUGCCACAACAUCAUGCUCGCCCUCACCCCGGCCACCAGGAUGGCGUUCAUCUUUAUACAGAUGUACUUUAUAUUUCUGAACAAUGAGCAGAUGAAAGUUUACCGUCAUCGCGUGGUCGCGCGUUUCGGCCUGAUGCACAUGAUUGGUACGAAUCUCUCCGUGUGGCUGAACGUACUUGUACAAGAAACGAAACACGAGAUACUGUCGUUCUACAAUCCGGAAAACAACUCGCUGAAGAUAUCCCAUAGAUUAGGUACCAAGAGCAAUCUCAAUCUCGGAGGACACCACCAUUAUCACCACGGCGAGCACCUGAGGGUGCCGAGAGGUUUGAAAGGGCCGCAUCACAUGUACGAAUGCCGGAGAACGAAUAUCAUGGGAUCGCUGGUCCAGGAUGCCAGCCCGUUCCUAUUCCCGUGCACGAUCGAGUACAGUUUGAUCUGUGCCGCGAUUUUGUACGUCAUGUGGAAGAAUAUAUCGAAGGCAGCGUUCACGCCACCCAAAACGCCGUCGGGAUCCCGACAUCACACUCAUGCUUACAGAAGAUCGCCUCACCACUACAGCGUGGACUGCGCGCGUGCCCACAAAGGUCUCUUCGUGGGAAUCCUGAUCCUGGUUCUAACCAUCAUCUCUUUGAUUCUCUUCUUCGUGCUGAUAUCACGUCCAGAAUUGGUCAGCUUCGCCGUGACCGAAGUGAACAUCUGCGAGUUGACCCUCUACGGUAUGUCGACGAUGGCCACGCUGAUAGGGAUGUUCCAGAUGCGUAAACUCCGCUACGACGGAACCAGAAACUUAGAGCUAGACAAUAUUCUCCUGGUAGCUGCGCAAACCGGAAUGUUCAUCUACUCGACGUUCACGAUAAUCGGCGCACAGUUCACGCUGGCCAAGCACACAGUUCUGGUUUUGGUGACGGCGUUGGCCAGCGUCGUUCAGACGACCUGUCAGACGAUCUUCAUCCUCGACGCGUCCAGACGGUCGGUCGCUACCGCGAAGCAGAUCAGAAGGAAACCGGGCAGAGAGAUCGUCACCUUCUUAUUGGUCACCAAUCUAGCGAUGUGGGCGAUCAACACGUUGGAGAAGUCGCGAGCGGAAUCGCACCCGGUGCAGCUUCAUUUCUACGGCCUCUGGGCGUGGACGAUCAUCACUCACGUCUCGAUGCCGUUGGCGAUCUUCUACAGGUUCCACAGCACCGUGUGCUUAUGCGAGGUUUGGAAACGGGCGUACAAAGUGAAGCCUACUUACAUGUGACGCAAGGGGUCCCGUGAGGUCGUCGAAAAGACCGCGGCUCCCCCGCGACCGAAGACCCUCCCGGCGAGACUUGACGCCAUCGCGGAGAACGAUCCCGUUUACUUCAUGUAACCCCGAACCUCUUGGGAACCGCGGUUGAUAAUCCUUUACCCUUCACCUCAUAGAUCCCGAAAUCCAGAAUCGAGCUUCUGAAGCGAUUCACACCGAGCACCAUAUUAUUCGAUGCGUUGUUCUAGCUUGAUUAAGGACGAGAUUUUAAUGCGGGUAAACCGAACUGCACGAAUGCGAAGUCUUUUGGGCUCAUACGGCCUGUCACCGAAACACUCUCGCGAUGAAUGGAUCCUAAAUACACGAUGUACAUAUAGCUAAAUACGUCCGCGACACGAGACCGGACGAACGCAGAAACCUUUUCUCAGACGCCGCGAAAGUUUCAGGGAGGCACGAUGAACGACGCACAAUUUUUACGGCACCAGGUUAAACGUUAGAUGAUUCGAUCGGCUUAGAAACGUCGAAGCAACGUUUGUUCCUUCGAUUCUUUCUUAAUAGGGAACAAUAAUAAUUUCCUUUCGAUAAAGGGCGACCUUUCUAUUAAUCAACCGGUGUGGGAGGAAGAGUGCGUGACGGCGCGAGAAACGAACGAUAGAUCGUUUCGCUUUACUUUGAUCGUAAACGUUCGUAAGACUGAAAUCCUUAGAGAGCAAUAUGAUUAAGAUUGAUGACGAUUACGGUCCAUUUUCCGAUGCCAGUCGACGCGGAAGUCAAAUCCUGAUCGAUCUGUCCUUCGAUCAAUGCUUCAAUACUCUCACGGACAUCCGUCUUCCACGUAGUACAAAAAAUAAACUGCAACUUAACAUAGCGUCUCUCUCUCACGUCCAAGUAGAUAAUUCGAAAAUAAUAAACGAAAUGAACACGAGGUAACAAAAUGUCGAGGGAAACGGGUUAAAAAAAAUUGUUUCACAGUUCGGCUCGCGGGAGUACUUGUUAACUCGCGAAAAGUCCAGUAAUGCGCCCAUCGCGUGUAAUAUUGAUAGAAAGAGAAUGUCGGUUUCUCUCGAUUUCUCACGUGGAAACGUUCCACGAUCGAUCGAUUGAUCGUCGGCGUUUCGAGGAAAACGUAGCCUCGGGAAUCGAACAUGCAUGCAAAGAGCUUGUUCAGUCUAAUCGCGAUGAGAUUAGGCGUUUCAAACGAUCACGAUGUUACACAUUGAUCGCGACCACUGCGGGUUUUUCUAUAUUCACAGAAUAUAUCUGAGUAAUUAAUAAAGCAAAACGAGAUCGUCCAUUCGUAUUCCAUUUUCUGAAUAAAUUCGCAUCGCAUAAAAGUCCACAGUCUGUUAACCGCGAAUCUAAAUUUUAGAUAUCGGUCGUAGGGUGAAAACACGAAAAUAACGAAAGAGAAAGAUCGGUUCUAAAGAUCGAGACACACACACACACACACAUGCAUCAUUCGUGACCGUUUCCAAACAACCAACGAUCGAUACGGUUAAAAGUAGUACAGAGAUGAAGUAGACACCCUUAGAUUCGAAGAAACGUAGGAAGCGACGAAAGGGAGGAACAGAGUACAACGGCAAAUCAUAUCAUUAAGCCUUAAUCCGUCGAGCGUCCCAGCUUCUCAGUUAAUUAAUGAUGUACCAAUGGGUUUGAGGAACAAAUUUGAUGAAUGAAGACCGGGCGAUCUCCUACGCGAGCGUGGUUUAUAUAAAUUUCGUGCCCAAACGGACAGUCGUUGGUGAGAGAUUGAUUGCGAGUGAGAGUCAGGACCGAUCAAGGAGUGUACGAUCGAUCGGUGUGCAAUACUAACUUCGCUCUGCUGUAAGAGUGCGCGUGAUUGUUUUCCACUGUUUGCGUGUGCUGUGGACUUUGAUUGUAUGAGGACGUACGUUUUUCGGGGAACAAAACGGCGAAGAUUGGGCGAGCGAACGAAACGUAGAACGUUCGGUAGAUUCUUUCUAGUUUUAACGCGUUCUUUAAAAUGAUGCAAACGCUUUUCUUUUUAUUUCGACGAUCGCAUUCAGCUGAUUAUUGACGAAAGCUGCAUGGUUGACUCUUUUGUAAGAUGUAAAUUCCGACUGCGAGGCGGCUGUAAAUAUAAGGGAUUAUGAUUGACGAUUAAGGGCGAAGCGGCGAAAGGUUUUUAAGAAAGAAAAAAAAAAAAUUGGAUCCUCUCGAUGUUUUAGAGCUAGUUCAUGUCGACAUGUUUCUUCCUAUAUUAUAUAUAAUAUAUACACAUAUAUAUACAAAUAUAAAUAUAUUUAUUAUUGCGUUGUUCUAUUAUAUAAUAUUUAUUGUAUUAUCAGAUAUAGGAUAUUUACGCGCGACACGUUACGUUUAUUGAUCGGGCCUCGUGUCGAGAUCCAUUCGAGCUUCGUCUUAUUUCCUCCUUCAUUCUUCUAAUAUGUCUAGCUUCAUUCGCUUAAAAGGAACUUUCAAUUUCCGUUCGAUUUCCGUAGAUUGACAAUGGACGAGGGACGAUCUCGGCACGAGUCUGUACGUCGGAACGCGAGAACGAGAAGUGGCGCGACGGCGAAGCCACGAUGUGCGCAAUUCGAAAAUUUCGAACACGAAAAUCAUUGGGAUUUGGGGGGUAAUAAAAAAAAAAAAAGGAAAACACCCUUUCUAUGUCACAUCUCUAAACUGUACUUUUUCUAUGUCCGCAUACUCUAGUUCCUACGCAAUGUUUGUACUCUUAUACCCUUUGUACUAUUUGUACCUUACGAAUUGCAAUACAUUCGUUCGCAAUAAUAA